ACUGAGUCAUGAGUCGAUCAAGUCUUUGAUAUUUUUUGUGACAAUUCCUCAACCUCAGACUUUUUAAAUUUCAAUGUAUCGUUGUAUAAGUACGUCGUUUUUCCUCCGGUAUUCAACAAACUAGCCCUCCUUCCCUCUUCAUUCGACUCUACGAACGCUUCCAGCCAGCUAACAGGUACUUGUCUGGUGAAUGCGAUGCCGGGUCUGCACUCCAUUCCUCCAGUACAAUAGUGACUUUGUGUUUGGCGGUUGUGUGUCGUGUGCGUGAAUGAUUUUCGCGUUUUUAAUGUGUUUUUAUUUAUUUAAUUGAAUAAUUAUUGUUUAAUUAUUUUAAAUAACCUAUUCGAAUAUCGAUUUGCGGUGUGUGUUUGUUAAUUAUUGCUGUGUGAUUUCGCGUAGUGUACUUUAAACAAGUGUGGUACUGUUGAGAAUCCGAAUUCGUUUUCAAAAGCUCACUCCUGUUAUUUUUAUAUGCGCUUCAACUGCAGAAUAGAAGAAAUAAAAAAUGAAUAAUGGAAUGUGAUCUGCGUACAGCAUCGGUAUUCGUGGCAUGGAUAUUGUGUUCGGAAGAGCGGUGAAAAAUUCAAAUUCUAUUCCAUGUGAAAUUCAUAUCAAUGUGAUAUGGAAGUGCGAAUUCGUUCCUUGACCGCUGCCGUUGUCCUGGUGUUUUUGGUAUUGCUUCAGUCGCAGAAUGUUUAUUCCAGACCCGGUGAGUUCAAAUUUUUGUCAUUGAAGCAAGAGAAUUUGGUGAUGAGGUUAUGUGAUAUAGAGUCGACUCAAAGUGGCUCCAGUAUUAUCCUAGAUAUCGAAGAAUCUCGAGGAAACCAAACGAAUCAAUCGACGAUACCAGCCGAACUGCCUAUUUUUGGAGAUCCAAAUUCAGAGAUCACAUUGAGUCUGUUGUUUCCGAAACAGCCUGCUAUUUUUAAACUCAGGGAGAAACGGUUGCAAUUGACUGCGCCUUUGGAUCGUGAUGCUGAGAAUUUGUCUCAUGUGAUAUUUCAAGUGAUUUGCACUGUAAGAAGUACCGGUAAGAAGAAAACGCUUCCUGUUAUCGUACGAGUAUCGGAUAUCAACGAUAAUGCGCCUAGAUUCACCAGUAAAACGUACUCAGCCAAUAUAUCCGAGUUAACUGCUCCCGGCGAAGUCGUCUUUAGGGAUAUUAAAGCGGUCGAUGCGGACGCGGGAGUUAAUGGUCUAGUCGAGUAUUUUGUCGUUCCGGGAAAUGGAGCUGAGAUCGGAAGUACCAAUGGUGUUGGUAAAGAUAGAGUCAACAUCGCUGAUGGAUACGGCUUCUUUGCCAUCAACUUACCUCAUCAAGGAAUGGUCUCGGUUAAUCGAAGUUUGGAUUAUGAGAAGACUCAGCGAUACCUUGUUACCAUUGUAGCUUCGGAUCGAGCACGAAAUCAAGCUGAUCGAUUGUCUUCGACAACCACGUUAACGUUCAACAUUAAAGACGACGAUGACCAAAAUCCAUCGUUCGUGUAUCAAGGCUGCUCCUUGCAAGAUGGAGCUUGCGUUAAUCCACAAUAUUUUGCCACGGUGUACAGCGGAACUCUAUCCGGAGUACUGUCCAUUACUCCAGAGAAGAUCCAAGCCAUUGAUAUGGACUCGUUGAAUGCCCCCAUUGCAUACAGCUUCGCCAGCGGCUCGCCAUCCACGUUUAGAAAUUAUUUCGAGAUUAACCCCAACACCGGAGCUGUCAGACAGAUCAGACCAGUCGAUGUAUCCCAAGUGAAAAAAUUCGAUAUUAGCGUUAAGGCUGAAGAAGUUUCGGAAAGUCGUCGCUCGACUUUGGCCAAAUUGACCAUCAACGUGAAACCAGUGGAUAGUAAUCCUCCGGUGAUUCGUUCGUCGGCUUUGCAAGGGUUUGUCGACGAAGCAUCUCCAAUCGGUACAAAGGUCGUCGACUCGACCGGUAAACCGAUUCAUCUGACCGUUACCGAUGCCGAUUUGAAACCCGACGAUCCGAAGCCAGUUUACUUAUUUGAACUAACUACUCCAUCCUUCGCUGUAAGUCCUGAAGGCGACUUGGUAGUCAAUGAAAAGGAUUUAGAUAGGGAUCCUCCGAAUCCUGGAGUUUAUAGGUUUCAAAUCGUUGCGAGAGAGAAGAAUAUUAAUAACGUUGCCAGUGCUCCGAUCUCAUUAGCGGUUACAUUGAACGAUUUGAACGAUAAUGCGCCUCGGUUACCGUUAAUUCCACCCAUUUCUUUGCAAGCAGGCGAAACUCGUAGGCAAAUUACCAAGGUCGAAGCAACAGAUAACGACUUGGGCGAAAAUGCCGAAAUCACUUACAGCAUUUAUCACGUCAGCAACAACGGUUUAUCAAAAUUCGUCAUUGAUCCUAAAACCGGAGUACUGGAAUCUAAUGGUAAAUUGAGCGCUGGAGAACAAUACAGUAUUACAGUUCAGGCAACCGAUAAAGGAGGAAAAUACAGUCAGACAAUCGUAGAAGUUGUGGUUACUCCGGGACCAAAUACCAGAGGCCCAGUUUUCGAGCAACCAGUGUACGAUGUCGUGGUCAGUGAAGGUGUUUCGAUCAAUACUACAGUUACUUCAGUCCAUGCGAGAGAUCCAGAAAGUGGUCCUGUAAUUUACUCGAUUGUUUCCGGUACCAACGAAUUGCGAGAAUUCGGUAUUGAUCCGAAGACCGGAGUUAUAUCUGUGAUUAAGAAACUUGACAGAGAGCAAUUGACCCAGUAUCAAUUGAUAAUCCGAGCCGAAGACGAAGAUCGUUUAUCGAGCACUACGAUAGUCAACAUUAAAGUCAGCGAUAUCAACGACAAGAAUCCCGAAUUCAUCAACUUACCCUACGAAUUCAUCGUUUCUGAAGGCAAAAAUAACGCUCACGUUGGUCAAGUAAAAGCCAUCGAUGCCGACGAAGGUCAAAACGCCGUUGUUUAUUAUUCUUUACCCGAAGAUGUGCCUUUCAUCAUCGAUGUAAACUCCGGAGAUAUUAGAACCAGCAUAGCUUUGGAUUAUGAAACGCAACCGGAGUAUAAAUUUGUCGUCACUGCUAAAGACGGUGCUACGGAUCCGCGUUUGGCUACGGCUACAGUGACUGUGAAAGUGACCGAUGUUGAGGACGAGUUACCAAUUUUCCAUAUCGCUCAGCACGAAGUUAAAGUUCCUGAAAAUGUUCCUGAUCAUACUGUGAUACAAGUUAAAGCUGAUGAUCCAGAUACCGUGAAAAGGAUCACGUACGUUAUUCGACAAGGACCAACGGAUCUGUUCGCAAUUGAUAAAAAUACCGGAGUUGUAAAAACCGUCAAAGGUUUAGAUUACGAAAAAGAAGUACAACAUAUAUUGAUCAUCGGUACCGUUGAAAAUCCAACCAAUAAACCUGGAGCUACGACCAAAGUCAUCGUUAAUGUUGAAGAUGUGAACGAUAUCCCUCCGAUAUUCCUAUCGGUGCCUCAGCCUAUAACGUUAGACGACGAUGUACCUAUUGGUACGAAAGUAACGACGUUGAUUGCUACCGAUUCUGAUGGAACGUCGCCGAAUAACAAAGUUCGAUAUGAAAUCGUUGGUCGGGGUAAAGCUUCUAAAUAUUUCCAAAUUGAUCCGGAUAUUGGACUUUUGCAAGUUAGGAAUGAUCUGAGAAAAGAGACUGAUAACGAAUACGCUGUUGAAGUGAAAGCUUACGAUUUAGGAGAUCCUAGCUUAUCAUCUGUUGCAACGUUGCCUAUAUUUAUUCGACAUGUUGCUACCGUACCCCCUGAUGUGAAAGCUGGAUUCGCAGAUGAUCUCUAUACGGUCCAAGUGGCCGAAAAUUCGCCUCCUAAUACGUGGAUCAAAACGUUCACCGUGUUGAAUAGUAAAGUUUUUACCAACGAUAUACCAUUGAGGUGUACGAUCGUUUCGGGUAACUCUGAAAAUAUUUUUUACUCGAAUGUUACCGCUGAUAAAAAUUGCGAGCUAAGGAUCAAAGAAGCUAAACUAGAUCACGAACACGAACCAGAGUUCAAACUGAAAAUACGUCUAGAUACGUUGACCGGACUGGUGAAUCCGGAUAAAAGCGUUACAAAUGUUAAUGUUCAAGUUACCGAUGUUAAUGAUAACACGCCUCGAUUCAUUUACCCUGAAACUAGUCAUCGAUUUGCUAAACAAGCAUAUUUUGGAGCUAUUGCCAAAGAUAAAGAGGUGUCAUCGCCUGUUAUUCAAAUCAAGGCUAUCGACGGAGAUAGCGGAAAAUUCGGGCAAAUCGAGUACCAUUUCGUCAAAGACGAUACCGGCGCAACCAAGUUUUUCUCCAUCGACCCUAUUUCGGGCGUAAUUAAAACCACCCGUAAUUUAGACCACGUCCCGGAAGACAACUUACCAUUUAGACUGAUCGUUCGAGCUCAAGAUAAUCCGGCAACUCAGGACAACAAUACGCAUUUGGCUGACGCUCACGUUGUGAUAAAUCUAAUCGAUGACAGACACCGUAUGAUUUUGGUAAUCAACGAUGCCACACCAGAAGUGGUGAAAACCAAUGAAGCUAAUAUAACUAGAGUAUUAGAAGAACAUGCCAAGUUGAUCGUCGGUGUUGAGAAAAUCACACCGAGACAGUACAGACGUUCGGAUAAUAUAAGUCUGGAAUCUGAUCCGAAUUCCACCGAUUUAUGGUUCUACACUAUCGAUCCUAGCACUGAGGUUAUUUUGGAGAGGAAUAAUUCGAGAGUUACGAGAUCAAUUCUCGAACCAGAAGCUGCGUCGAAUAUUACUCUGGAUGUGAGUGGCAAUUUACACGUCACUGCUUCCAAUAUUCACGGACCUUUGAUGGUGAUUACGCCGAAAAUUGCCACCGUUACCGUACCUUGGGAAAUAAAUCCGUAUUUCUUCAUAAUCUUAGGAGCGGUGAUUCUGAUCUCUACUAUUGCCGGAAUCAUUUAUAUUUGCAUAUCGUGGUCGAGGUAUAAAGCCUAUAAGGAUAGGAUAUCAAAGAUGUAUAUUACUCCACGAUAUGAUCCUGUCUUUGUUGAUCCGCAUUUAAAGGAAUACGAAACUCAGGUGCUGCAAAUGAGUGUACCUGUCGAUGAUAACGAUAGCUAUAACGAUUUACAAAUAGAUUUUAGUCGUAAAAAUCAUACUUUCAAUUUAGAUAAUGUUGGAUACAUUUCCAAAGAAAAUGGUAACUCGAGUCCCACAAAUUCGGACGCAGCAACCACCACGAGAGCGUCUAGCGUAUCCGAGAAUCAUUUCACCAUGAACCACAACCACCAUAAUAAUCAUAACGGUACAGCGGGCAAAGUGAACCGAGCCUAUCAGAGAGGUGAAGAAGACUUGCCGCCAAAUAUAAGCGCGACCAAUGAAAACGUCACGUUUAGAGAGAAACGUGAUUAUUCUCAAGUCGGAUUUAAUUAUUUAAUGGAUCGGUCACCUGUGGAGACGACCACCGAAUUAUAGCAAAUAUAGUCGUGAGGAAGUGCCAUCCGUCCGUUGUACCCUUGCUCAAAGUACUUCGUUGUUUUUUUUUCUUUUUUUCUAAUUUGAGAUAAUACUGUGAUAUUUUUUUAAUUAUUAUUAUUUUUAGUAAAAAAUUUUUACGAGUAUAUUUUACAAGAUUCGUAUUGAAUUUUGAUAUUGUAUGUACAAAAGUAUUUUUUUUUCUCGUUUCUUUUUUACCAAGUAUUCUUUUUUACGCGUUUGUAAAUUGUUUUUUUUGUGUGUUUAUAAUGUUGUAUGUGUAUUUAUGUUUGUAUUAUUAUUUCUAAUGUGUAGAAAAAUGUCUGUUUUUAAAAUUUUUACAAGUAUUAUUCUGCCAUAUUUUUUUUCUUAAUUUUUUUUUUUAUAAUCUGACACGAGCUAUUUAUUUAUUUUUUAUCGAUGUGUUCAUGUGGAAUUUUUUGCUGCAAAUUGAAAAUAUGUAAUUUGGAUUAUUUUAUAUAAUUUUUUUAAAAAGCUUUUAAAACAAAAGGUCGGUUUGAAAGUUUUUUUUAAAUAGGGUUUUAUUGUAGCGUAAUAGGUAAGUAUGUAUUUUGUAUUGAAUUUUUUUUUCACCGUCCAAUCAAAUUUUGUGCUUAUUAUUAAGUUACAAUGAUGAAAAAAAAAGUAUUUAGUCAUUAAUUUCGAUAUAAUAAAUUGUAAAUAUUUUUUUUUAUUCGUAAGAGUGUAAUUUGCUGUAUUACGUUCGUGAAUUAUUUACUUGUAUAAAAAUGCGAUGUUUUUGUAUUUCGAUAAACUUUUUUGAUCUUUUAAA